UUUCUGUCUUAAUCUCUAUUUCUUUACCGAAAUUACACAUUCGUCUCAACUGUAAAGAGAACUGUAAAAUGUUAAUUUUGUGUUUACUUUGACCUUGUUUUGAAGUAUUGUAAUGAAGUUAUAUUAAUCAUUUUAAUUAAUCAUUUUAACAUAUCUCCUAAAGUUUACUUACUGACUUAAUCAUAUGCUUAACUUGGCACAUGCUUAAAGUAGCCUAAGUAAAAAAAGGGGUGUAGCGCAAAAGGUUUGGUUGUUUUGUGCCGUGAUUAAUGUAAAUGAUGCCCCAUGGUCUAGCGACCCUUCACUAGCCUGGCUAACAGUCUCAUAGAGAGCCGCGUGAAUAAAUUUGCGCACAAGGCAGCAUGGGGAAACCCAUUCACUGCAUCUAGUGAAGGAAUGAAAUACAGCACUUUACCAUUGAAGCUGUUUAAAAUGCCCUAUUCUUGGCAUUUUUUUGACACAAAGUCUUAGACAAUGUCGGUAUCCAUUUGACGCGUGAGAUCAGUCAUGAGUUUUGACUUUUAUAACUGCCUGACUUCCUGGCUUAAGUUAGUUACUGCACGUGGCGGAAGCAGACAGAGCGCGCUGCUUGCUUGCGGCCAGCUCAAAAUUAAACUGAAAGGAAUACAUUUUCAAAUAGAGGGUAUGCACGUGACGUCACCUUCGGCGAAAGUGACUGCGGUUACACCCACUGAGUGGUAAAAGACAGACCGGCAGAAUUUGUGUGCAGUGUGAAGUCAGCAAAAACACGGGGAAAGCGCGUCUAAAUGGGGAGAAAAGCUGUUGUGCGAUAGACUGUAGGCUACUAACAGAUUUAACAAGAAUUCGGAGCUAUCGUUUUACAGACUGCUAAAAACACCAAAAGGAGAAGUAAAUUGAUAAUUCAUGCCAACGUCAACAGAACACAGGUGGGUUGACAAGUCGCUAGGGUCACUAUCUAGCAGAGGUUUUACUUUCUACUUAAAAAUAUUUUUUCAAGUAUUUGUAUUUUAUCCGUGUUUUUCUUUGGAAAACACAUUCCAAAGCAUAUUAUCAUAAUUUUUACUUUAUUACAUUUCAUAAAUACACGUUUUUGUUUUAUUCAAGUAAAAGUAGGCUACACAAUUUAAUGUAAUUUGGUAUUAAAUAAAUGUUAAUAUGCAAUAUUAAAGAUAACACAGUAUGAUUCUAUGCUUUAAAAAUAAGUAAAAAUUUAACACCCUAUAAAGCACAGUUGCUUGGAAAAUGUAACUAAUGUAACUAAGUAUUGUCCACCUCUGCUAUCAAGUCCAACUAAAUUUAAUUUAAGCUGAUAAUAGUCAGUUUUUAUUGGCAUUUUCGCAGCAGCCGCUAUGAAAACCAGCCAUUUUGUUGAACGUUUGCCACUCAACAGGGCGUGCUCUGGCAUGGUCACGUGGAAAAGUGACGUCAAUGCAUACUCCUAUACUAUAUAAUAUAUAUAUAUAAUUUUAGUGCUAUAGAAAAGAAAGCAGACUGUCACUCUUUGAUUUGAAUUUUGCUAAAAGCACAAGAAACUAAAUAAAUGGGGUUAACAAUAACGAAGCGAUAUUCAUUAUAACUAUAAUUUGUUUCAUUUCAUGUACAUUACAGUUUUACGAUUGCUUACACACAAAAUCUUUUCAUGUCACACGAUUUUUGAAACCUCUCACUCAAAGUGCAAAACUACAUGCCAAAUCUUCAAAACCAUUAGCUAUUUCUCAGCCUUUGACUCAGUUUUCAAUUGCAUAAAACACUUUUUAUAAAACUCUACCUAAAACACAAAGAUCUACGAGGAAGUCACUUGCUUUCCUUUUCCAAAGACAACCAAUCAAAAUGCUACACUUAUUCACCAGGCCACACAGACCAACUCUUCACAUGUGCAAACACUAAUUGCUUAUCUGAUCACUAACCAAUCACUGCUUUACUUUACAAUAGUAUAGAUAGGCCUAUAAAUAGGUCAAAGGUCAGAUUACCUGUUUUGGCAAUCUGCACCCCACCCCCCCUGCCAAUUCCUGGACCGGGACCCCACACAUAAUUUAUUGUAUUCUACUGGAAAGAAUAUACUUUUGGUUUACAUGUUUAUAUGCUAAUGUAUACCACAGUAAUGUUUGUCCUAAUAAAUAUUUUCUGUUUCUACAUUGCAUUGGCGUUUCCGGUGUACUUGUUAUCCCUCUCAGCAGAUUACUUUCACUGUAGAUCAUUGUAUUGAAAUGUAGAUAUAAGCCUAUGAAAGACCAAAGAGCUUUAGAUUUAGAACAGCAGUGUUUACAUGGUAAAUCCAAAAAUGUAUUAUUAUGAAAGAAGUGUUUGCCAUUUGAUGCAAAUGCUUCAUUCCGACAUGUGUUUGUGGCAUUUUGAAUGCAGUGUUGCAUUUUAAAGGAGAUGUAUGCUAUUUUGCAUUUUGUGUGUGCAGUUUUGAGAAUUGUGUGUAGAGUUAUGAAAAAAUUAGACUUUUGAAAACGUGUGUAAGCAAUUUGUAAAAACUGUAAUUUAUACAAACGUAUGCAUUAUUGAUUCCUUAUAAAAAUUAUAAUUUUGAACAAUCAAGAUUAUAUUGCAUAAUAAACAUUUAUGCACUCCUCACAGAUAAAAAAAAGUCAUUAAAACCUGUUGAGAAAUGUAAAAGUUAUUGUGUUUUAUAUUUAAAAAAGUCACAGCUCCCCCAUUUUCUAGCAUUUCCUAACAUAUGGCAAAGCGGCCAAUGCACAAUUUAGUUAUUUCUUUAUGGGUUGUUCGGGCUGUUAACAGCCACUGUGAGGUUUUUUGAGUCUUAAUUUGGCCACUUUCUCUGUGUUAGAGCAAAUGGAAUGAUUUUUGGUGACAAAUCUUAUAUUGACAAAUGAGAAAAUGCUUUUUCAAAAUCUCAACGAUAUGCCGUGGGCAAAUUUACUACGCUUUCGGGUUGUUCAUGUUAACAGCCACUAAAUUAAACGGCUGAAAAAAUGUAUCAUACAUUUUUUUUUUCAGAUUUUUUUGCAUAAAGCUGUUAAUUAACCUCAGUACUGAUCAAAACUACCAAAUGUUUACAAAAAUUUCAUGAUUUUAACUCUUUAAUUGCCAAGUUUAUAAGUGAUGUCACUGAUUUUAGGGAAAAACACACAAAAUUUUUAAAACCUUUUUCACAAUCUUGAACAAAGAUUAGUAAAAACAUUGGCUUUGAUGCAUUUUUAGUUUUUGUGCAGUAUCUGAUUUUAUUUGUUUCAUCCUUUGAUUGUUGACGGUUUUGCUAAAAGGUAAAAUUGGUCAUUUUUACAGAUGAUCACCAUGUGACACCAUUAAACCUUUAGUAGAUCUGUGUAAAAACAGAGCUUAUUUUUGGCUUGUACAUUGAGUUAUAUGGAGUAUAACAGAAUAUUAUUGUGUGUGUGUGUGUGUGUGUGUGUGUGUGUGCGUGCGUGCGUGCGUGCGUGCGUGUGUGUGUGUGUGGCCGGGUAAUUAUCACGUUGGGGGGACCAAUUGUCCCCACAAAGAUAGGAAUACCAGUAUUUUUGUGACCUUGUGGGGACAUUUUGAUGUCCCCAUGAGGAAACAAGCUAAUAAAUCAAACAGAAUGAUGUUUCUUGAAAAUCUAAGGUAUCAGAGGGUUAGGGAAUGGGGCAGCAGGACUUGCAGCAUAUUACUUCAGCAUAUCAAGAGCAUGUUCCCCUAUUUACUUGUGAGCUGGUGCUUGCUGGUGUCUGUGGAAUUGUGUCUGGACAAUUCGUCAGAGCAAGGAUUUAUGAAUAAUCUGAAUGAACAAUAUGAAAAAAAGGUGCGUCCCUUUAUUGACCUAGUGGACGGACUCAGGUUACUUGGUAUCGAGAAGGACCUGAAUCUGCCAGCUAUUGCUGUUAUAGGUGACCAGAGCUCAGGAAAGAGUUCUGUAUUGGAGGCUCUGUCAGGUGUGGCACUGCCCAGAGGAACAGGUAUUGUCACAAGAUGUCCUCUUGAACUGAAAUUAAAGAGAGUUUCAAAGAAUGAUGCCUGGAAUGGAUUGUUGUCAUAUAAUGAUAAAAAAAUAAACCUGACGAAUCCAGCAGAAAUAGAGAAAGCUGUCCUAGAUGCACAGACAGCAUUGGCUGGAGAAGGAGAAGGAAUCAGUCAUGAGAUGAUCACUCUGGAAAUCAAGUCCAGUGAUGUUCCUGAUCUUACUCUCAUUGACCUGCCAGGAAUUGCUAGGGUUGCCACUGGUAACCAGCCUAGUGACAUUGGAAUACAAAUAAAAGAUCUAAUUAAAAAGUACAUUGAAAGACAAGAGACCAUCAACUUGGUCGUUAUACCAGCAAACAUUGAUAUUGCCACCACUGAAGCACUACAGAUGGCAUCCAAUGUAGAUCCAGAUGGGAACAGGACACUGGGUAUUUUGACUAAACCAGACUUGGUGGACAAAGGCAUGGAGGAGACAGUUGUCAAAACCGUCAACAAUCUUGUGAUACCACUGAAAAAGGGCUAUAUGAUUGUAAAGUGCCGUGGCCAGCAAGAGAUCAAUGAGAAUCUUACUCUGGUUGAUGCUUUGGAAAAAGAAAGACAGUUUUUCAAUGAAAAUGCUCAUUUUAGGCCUCUUCUUGAAGAACGUAAAGCUACAGUACGUUUUCUUGCAGAACGGCUCACUAACGUAUUGGCUAUACACAUUAUUAAUUCACUGCCACAGUUACAAACCCAACUUAAUGAGAAAUUGACAAAGACCACAGAGGAACUUAAAGUACUGGGAGAUGAAGUUCCUCUUGAUCAAGAUAAGAGGAAUGAUCUCCUGACUAUGAAAAUUCGUCAGUUUUAUGAUGUACUUGAAAAAGUAAAAGGGGCAGAAGAAGAUCUUAAAGACACAGAUAUAAGGGUCUUUUCCAAAAUCAGGACUGAAUUUGGUGAAUGGAACGACCUCUUGGAUAAGACUGUGGAGCAAAUCCUCAGAUCAGAUCAGAUUGAAGUCUACAUUAAAACUUACAGAGGAAAAGAGCUUCCUGGAUUUAUUAACUACAAAACAUUUGAAAGCAUUUUCAAGAAACACAUAGAGGAGCUAGAGGAACCUGCUUUAAAGAUCCUGAAAGAUGUCACAGAUAUUGUUCACAAUGGUUUGGACACUCUUGCUAGCCAUAACUUUAAGGGGUUCCCUGACCUCCUGACGGCUGCUAAACAUCCAAUUGAAGAUAUUCUUGAAAAUGAGUUUCAGAAUGCAGAGGAGAAAGUGAAAUCUCAGUUUAGAAUGGAGAAGAUUGUCUACUCUCAAGAUCCUCUCUACCAACGACAGCUUGAGGCUGUAAAUCUGGAAGUGCAAAAAUCGAGCUUCAGGGAUGAUGAUGCACUCGAGAUUGCGAAGCAUCUUAAAGCCUAUUUAACGAUCACAUUUGACCGUCUGGCAAAUCAAGUGCCACUGAUAAUCCACUACCACAUGCUGGAGCAGUACAUAUUUCAGCUUCAGAAUGAAAUGCUUGCCAUGAUCAAAAGGAACAACACAGAAGGUCUGCUCAAAGAAGAUUCUGGUGUUGCUCGUAAAAGAAAAGAAUUGAAAGAUCGUUUGGAGCGCCUAAAGAAUGCUAACAAACAAAUUAAAAAGUUUGUAAAGGCUCCGUAUUAUGCAAAGUAAUUUUGAUACACCAUAUGCAGUUAGCUCAUUUUCAGGAUGUCCAAAGAAGUUUCAUUAGACUGCACUGUGCAUAUAUUUGGUUAUGUUUCCAUGCUGUUUCUGUUAAGAUGCUUUAUUAUUAAAAAGGUUAGCUUGUAUUAUUUGAAAAU